AUGGAUGACAGACCGCCAUUACUGAAGCAAGACACCUCAAGAUUUCGUUUGAACUUAAAAUGUUAUUUUCCAUGUCGUUACGUACUGGCGAUCCUAUCCUUCUGCGGUUUCUGUGUUUCGAACGCUAUGAGAGCGAGCUUGAGUGUGGCUUUAGUGGCGAUGGUUAAUUCAAGUUAUUCCAAUGUCAAGGCGGUUACGGCGAAUAAUCCCGAGUGUCGAAGAAACACACCAGAAGAGCCUUCGAAAGAGAGCGGAAUGUUUAACUGGGAUCAAGAAAUGCAAGGACUCAUCUUGAGCUCAACUUAUUAUGGUUACAUUUUCACACAACUGCCAGGCAGUUUGUUGGUAAAAAGAGUGGGUCCCAAGUAUUUGUUUGGUGUCCCUAUGUUCAUUACAUCAGUGUUCACGAUACUUACACCUGCUGCGGCACAUCACAGUGUUGAAAUGCUCAUUCUGGUCAGAAUUCUACAAGGACUUGUCAUGGGUGUGACGUUCCCAGCCAUGCAUGCCAUGUGGAGUAGCUGGGCUCCCCCUCUAGAGAGAAGCAAGCUUUGCGCCUUGGCUUACUCAGGAAUUCCAUUUGGUGGGUUUCUUGGUAUGUAUUUGUCUGGUUUGCUGUGUGCCUCUGAUCUCUGGGGAGGAUGGCCGUCAACAUUUUACAUUUUUGGCUCUGUAGCUCUUGUUUGGUUUGUUACUUGGAUGAUAUUCGCUCAUAACAAACCAAUACAUCACCCUUGGAUAUCAACGGAAGAGAGAGAGUACAUCUUGUCAAGUCUAGGCGCUAAACAAGAAAAGAAGCAACCGAAAAUUCUCUGGCGGCAGCUUUUAACAUCAUUACCUGUAUGGGCCAUAAUAACCGCACAUUUUUGUUUCAACUGGGUGAAUUUCACUUGUAUUUCUUUACUACCUUCUUACUUCAGAGAAGCCCUCAAUUUAGCCAUUUCUAAGACUGGUUUCGUGUCCGGUCUUCCAUAUUUACUGCAUACCAUAGUUGGUGUCGGAGGUGGGCAACUGGCGGACUGGCUUCGUAGCAGAGGAAUAUUAACUACAGGACAAACGAGAAAAGUGUCUUUGACUGCUGGCUUCCUCAUUCCUGCAAGUCUCAUUGUGUCAACAAGUUAUGUUACCUGCGACCAACCGACUCUUGCUGUUGUCCUAUGUUCUCUGGCUACGGGAAUAUCAGCCCUUUCCUCAAUUUCUAUUUUUGCCAAUAUCUUGGACAUAGCCAAUAGAUAUUCAGAACAUGUUAUGGCAAUCUCCAACUUGGCAGCCACAAUUCCUGGGAUAGUUGCACCGUAUUUGGUUGGGAUCAUAACAAACAAUCAGCCAACAACUAUUCAGUGGCAGAAAGUAUUCUUUAUCAAUGCAGGAAUUUUCGUUCUCGGCUGGAUUACUUAUAUCUUUCUCGGAAGUGGAAAACCGCAACCAUGGAACACUCCAUUUGAGGACCUAGUGGUGCCGGUUGCUAUUCCCAGGGAACCCAGGAAACCAGUCAUGACGAAUAUUCUAACCAAGAGUGAGUCAGGAUUUCAGUAUUCACCCUUUCCUCACCAUGAGAGUGAGAUUUUCACCGACAACAAAUGA